AUUCUGAACAGUAACAGGAACACCCCUGAAAAAAUCAUGAUUUUUUAACAUUUUUUCUGUAAUUUUUUUGUGUCAUUCCUAUGAUUGGAGGAGGAGCUAAAGUGAAUUAUCAAUUUUUAUAAAAUAAAAUUACUCAAUAAUACAAAGGAUUCAUUACUGUAAAAAUACCUAUUAGCAGACGACAAUGGUGUAUUAUUUAAUUAAAUUGAAAUAAUGUCUGAAACGUGAUUUAGUCAGUGAAGAAAGGAAUAAUUUUCAAAUUCAUUGGUGCGAUAAGUUUACUAAAUGUUAACGUUUUUAAAUCGGUACACAAUGUAGUUGCUGAUAAUCUAAGUGUUUUCAAUGAAUGGGUGUAUAGAAUUUUUCAAUAAUUUACCAAGGACAUGUACAUAAUAAAUCAUCGUUACCCACGACGUUCUUCAAUUCCUGCGGGCGACGAAUCAUGCUAUUCAGCUGGCGAUGAACGUUUAACCGCGCAAUGGAUCAUCGAGAUGGAUGGAGUGGCGGAGAGUCGGUGGCGACCGAGAACUCUACUGAUAAUUCCCGGGCCGCUGAACGCGACCGGGUACGCAUCGAGUUCUAUGCCACGUAUGACGUCAUGACGGGCGUACGCAUAGCCGCCACUCUUGGUGGCUUUUUUGCGUUGAUGGUCUUUCUGAUCGUCUAUAAAAGCCGCAGUAAAUCUGUGAAGGCUUUAAAUGAUCCAAAAAUAGUAGAAAUGGCUGAAGCUGUUGUGGCAGAAGAGCAAGCAGUCGAAGAAGAGAGGCAACUAACGGCGGCGCUAGAGGAAGCUCUGUCCGAGCGUGCGCGUUCUCGUCCGUCAAUAAGUGAGGAGCCUCCUUGGCCUCGCACAGCGCGGUUUGCGUCUUAUGGAGGAGGCUACGGGAGCCUAUUAACACCGCCACGUCGAUUGUCGACUGUGCGCGGGGAUUCGCUUCCCGGAUCGGCUUUACGUUUCGUGGAGCGUCGGUCAUCGGCUGGACCUCGCGAUAGACGCCUGAGCUCAGCGACUUGUUCAAGCUCAGGAAGCUCGUAUUUGGAAAGACGCGGUUCGUCAGUGGUAUGCGCGUUACCCGAACGCCGGUUGUCUCCAUGUCCUAGUGAGCGACUUGCCCCUCUUGCAUCAGUGGGCAGCGUAGGCCCGUCCUAUGCCGUAGAGUGUGAAUUAGCGUCAGUGGGUGCGGAUUCAGUGUUCGCAGAGGACGAUGCGGACUCCACCGAUGACGAGGUGGAGCAGUUCUCGACGGACAGUGGAGGUGGUGAGGCGACGUUAGUAGGCGAGUGCACGGAGCUCUCUAGUCGUCCCAUGCCACUGCCGCUGCAGUUGGAACGUGCUUCACAUUCACGGGAAACGUUGUUCUAGUCUAAGCCAAUGGUAGCAUUAAACUAUUGGCUAAUUUAAUGUUAGGUAACAAAUUAAAAUAUCGACGCUUUUUCACUCCCCAAAAAUCGAUUUAUUUGUAUUUUAACAUAUCAUUAAAUUCGACAUAUCAUUUGGUUCUAAUUACCAAAUUGAAAUUUUAUUCAUAUUCUAUUUAACUAACGCAAUACCCUAAUAUUGUAGGUAAUGCUGUUGCUUCUUGACAAGAAAGGUACUUCGAAAUGCAAUAUUUCGCUUUAACUUACGCGCUUAUUAUUUCACUAACAAAUGGAGUGAAAAAUCUGUCGAUAUUUUAAUAUGUAAAAAUCAUUUAUGUAUAUAGAUUGUUUUUGUUGAUAAAUUGAUGUUUCAUAAUGUUGAUGUUCCCAGCCCACGGAAAAAUGUAAACAAUGUACUAAUUAAUUCUAUAUGUUGCGUAUGUGUACACAUAAGUAGCAACUUAGUUAAAUUAUGCUCAUGUGUAUUUAUUUUGCUAAUGGCUGAUCAGUGCAAUACACAUUUACUCACGCAUACUUAUCAGAUUCCGCUGCUGGUAUUCACCAUAGUGUUCGAUUCGAUGUAAAAGUAAUAUGUAAAAAUUUGCCGAAUUAGUCAUUUGUAGUUACAUUAAAUUAAUGUAAUUAUUUAAUAUAAUAGUUUUCGACGAAUUUUUUACUUCUGUAUAUUGCCAGUCUAUUUACAAAGUUCAACUCUACCGGGCUAACUGCCAACCCCACUGAAAGUGCGGUUGAUGAUCUAACCAAAGCAUUGCCGACUCACAUGGUGUUUGUACAAUGUAGAUAUUAACUUGUUAGGGUAGAUAGUCGUCAGUGAAGUCAAUUGAGAAUGUGUAUUUGUAUUAUACUUAAUUAGUUUUGUAAACUACAGUUUUACUUAGAAAUCAAGGGCACAGAAGACCAAUACGUCCUUUGAACAAUAAAAUUUGAAGUUGGAAGCGGCCUAAGAUGUUGCUCGUACCAAUGUCAUUUUCCAAGUAAACUGCCACUGUAAGUUCUUGUUAGUAACGAUGUUACUCGGACACCGGGGUUUUAUUGAUUCUGGGUGUUUCGAUCCCGCCACAGCCACAUGCGGGCCCAGUAGAUUGAUUACGCAUAAGUCGUUUUUAUUACGAUUUAGAUUUACGUGUUAGUUUAUGUAAUGUUCGUUGCUCGAAUUAAAAAGAGCUCCCUGUAGUCUGUAAAAUGUUGAAAUGUAUGUAAAAAAUUGUAAAUAUAAAACACAACUCA